UUGUUUUUAACAUGUUUAAUUCAUUGACAAAAUGUAACGGCACAUGACAAGGAAUAGCUGAGCUGCGAAGGCUUCGACAUAAUGCUAGGGUUUAUUAUUUCAUUUAUUUGUGUAUUAGUGGCAAUACUAAUACCACAGCAGGACUGGGCCCACAUCACUGACGAUGCACCACCUGUGCCGCGCAUAACCAAAGAGGAGUUAUCUCUGUAUAGCGGAGAGAACAGCAAGGGCCUUCACCUGUCGAUCCUAGGACAGGUGUUCGAUGUAGAAAAAGGGAUGAAGCACUAUCAUUUCUUUACAGGUGAUUCUGCAUCUCCGGCCUUUGUCACUUGGGACUUUACAGAUACCAGUCUGACUGAUGAUGUGUCCAGUCUGACCUCUGCUCAGGUGGUGUCCCUGUAAGACUAGCUGACCUUCUAUCACAAGGACUACAAGCCUAUGGGCAGACUGGUGGGGCAGUUCUACAGUGACGGUGGAGAGCCCACAGAGGACCUGCUGCAGGUGGAGGCAGCCCUGGAGGAGGGGCAGACACUCAAGGACCAAGCCCAGGCUGAGAAGUAACACCUCCCAGCCUGCAACUCAGAGUGGAGCGCUGCCAGGAGAGGACGGGUCUGGUGCUCCACCAAGAGUGGUGGAGUGCAGAGAGACUCGGCCGGCGUACCGAGGGUACUGUCUCCUGGCUCGGGCAGCUCUCACUGGUGUGUCCAGAACUCCUCCACAGUGAAAACCCCUAACAUCCAGGAUUAUGAGGGCUGCCCCCCCCACGCUGAGUCAUGUCCUGUCAGAGAGUAGAGGGCGAGGUUAGACAAAAGGGGGCUCUGUGAAGGCUGGGCCACCUCACACAAGGACUAUCUACAAGGGCCUACAGUGGGGGGGGGGGUAUUUAG